UCUUCCUCUUCUUCUGAAUUUCUGGCAGACUGACGUAGAUCAGUGAUUAGCAAGAAAGAUUUAAAACCAGGCAGAAGAGAAGGACGAGACAGAGUCUGACUGAAUCCACUCCAGCUGUCGACGCACGAUUUUAGAAGAAAAUGGACACUUCCCGACUUCUCUUCCUCAUCUUCAUGGUGAUAACUACAUCUGAAUGUUCAGGGACAGCCGAGCCCAAAUGCCAAAAGAUGGACAAGAGGUCAUACACCCUGUUGGAAGGGGAGGCAUUUUAUUUAGAGCCUUACGAUGUUGCAAGCGGUCUCUCUGAUGAAGAUAUCAAAUGGUACAAAAAUGAGAUUGAGAAAAUCCCCACUGACAAGAAGAAGAAUGUACAUUACCACGGUGAAGCACUCUUUUUCUUAAACCUCCUCCCUGAGAACUCUGGCAAUUACACUGCCUGGGAAACAGACCCAUCAUCAGGAAAGUGUUACAAAUAUGAUGUGGAAGUUAACGUUGUCAACUCAAGCCAUAUGAAGAACUUGCUCUACGGAGAAAUCAAAAACUCAGACAUGAACAAAAUGAUCCCAUGUCCAGAUCCUGUCAAGAAAACAUGUCAAAGGAUGAAAGGAAAAUUCAGAUGGAACAAGGACAACAAAGCCCUUCAAGGUCGCCAUGAAGAUGCUCUUUGGAUUGCUAAUGCUAGCAAAGAUGACGAGGGAAUCUACACGUGCAUUUGUACCUGGACAUACAACGGCAAGGAGUACAACUCGUCCGCCUCCAGGGAGCUAAAGGUUGAAGGGAACACCUCACAUGGAUCUGCAAAAUUCACGGCUGCUUCAAGAAAGGGAAAACUCAGCAUCACUCAUCACUGAGAAUAGUGAAGACAGCCAUUUGGCAUGAAAGGGGAUCGGUCGUCCAUCUCUGCAGAAAAUCUACUAUAACCUAGACCCCGCAGAAGGGCUCAUAUAACCAUAAAAGGCCCGACGCAUCCCCAACUUGGACAGCGUGGAGUGUAGAAUAGAGCCCAGGCUCUAAAACUGGUGACCAGCUCCAUUCAACUAACCCUACCUCCCCCUCACUCCCUCGAAAUGUGUCCCACCCUCAGUACAUAUAUACAUAAACCUUUUAAAUUGCUUCUGCGGUAUUCCAAAGACAUGAAGUGGACUCCUCACUAUAUUGGUACACCAAACAUUUUGUGUUGGGUUUUAAGUACCCCUUCAACAUUGUACUUCCAAUGUAUUGUAUUGUAUUGUCUUAAUGUACUGUACAAACUCAUACUACUAUUGUCACGGUACAGUCAUGUUGUACUCUACACUACAAUUUGCACUAAUUUUGCCUUAUAAACUGUAUGUUUUGUUUUCAAAUUUAUUUUUUUUUUUUUUACUAAAUUGGUUUGUAGGCAAUUUUUUAAUCGUAGAGUGUCUCACACCGAUCAGAAAUGCUGUAUUAGGGGGGCGACCUCUAGCUCACCCAGUAAGAGCAUGCGCCCCACGUAGGCUGAGUCCUUUGCAGCGGC